GAUGGGAUAUAACAAAGAGCACAACCUAGAAAGAAACCAUUUUGCCAUUUUUUUCGAGAAAAUUCAUUCUGAACAUUUUUUUUGUCUUAUCUAUGUUUGAUUUGAUUAGAAAAACAAUAAGGCAUUGAGGUUACUUUUCAAUUUGUAAAAAAAUAUACCGAAAAGUAUUUUAGCAAAAGAGGUCAAAAACACUUGUGGCCGGAUGUGGUGGUGGUGAGGUUUUCACGAAUAUUAGAAAUUUAUGUGGUCGCAAAAGACGUCUAUUUCUAAUUAGCAUUUUAUUGGGCUGAGUUUGUGUGAGAAAUCUGUUACCAAUUGUGGAAUUUUUCACCCCCGGCCGUAGCAAUUCAAUAUUCUCGGCCGGAGAAUUUCAUUGAAUAUUCAAAUGGAUGCAAAUGCGAGUCCUCCCUCAACACCGACGGAAACACCACCGCCUCCAUUAGAAACACCACCGCCCAAAGAGUCCCCGCCUCCAUCACCACCACAAUCUUCUCCCCCACCUCCAUUAUCUCCACCCCCAUCCUCCCCUCCACCGCCUACCCCUCAUUCGUCUUCCCCUCCUCCCCCUUCUUCACCUCCUCCAACACCUUUGGCUCCACCGCCACAAACUCCGCCGUCAGCGCAACCUCCUCUCUCACCUACACUUACACCCCCUCCACCAGGAGACCAAUCCCCACCUCCCAAUGACACACCUUCACCACCGCCACCAUCAACGACUCCACCACCGACCCCAUUUGUGCCAUCAGCUCCUCAAACUCCAAAUGGAACGGGAAACCCUCCUCCCUCAAUCAUAUUCUCUCCGCCUCCCCCAUCAUUGUCGCCUCCUUCACCAUCAACCCAACCUCCCGGCGGAUCAAGAAGCUCUUCUCCAUCAAAUAAUUCAUCUUCAUCCAGUGCGGCUAUCAUCGGUGGAGCCACCGUUGGUGCCGGAGUUUUCAUCAUAGCUCUUGGUAUCAUUCUUUUCUUCUGCAUGAGGAAGAGAAAGAAACAACAACAAUACGUUGACUAUAUGCAUCCCACACGUCCUUAUAGAGGAGGAGAGCAUGUGCUUAGGGUACCGCCGCCACCAGGAGGAAUGCAGGGUGGUGGUCCAGGUUGGGGUCCAAUGCCGAUGAGUUCAAGUAGUGAGUUCACAUCAGGUUUUUCCGGACCACAUCACAACACUCCGUUGCCACCUCAUUCACCAAUGGGCAUGGGAGGGUACAACCAAAGCCAAUUCACGUAUGAGGAACUUGCAGCUGCAACAGCUGGCUUUUCCCAAGAAAAUUUGUUGGGACAAGGCGGUUUCGGUUACGUGCAUAAAGGGGUUCUACCCAAUGGAAGGGAAGUGGCGGUCAAGAGCUUGAAAUCAGGCAGCGGGCAAGGGGAAAGGGAGUUCCAGGCUGAAGUUGAGAUCAUUAGUAGAGUUCACCAUCGUCACCUUGUCUCCCUUGUUGGAUAUUGCAUUGCUGAAGAACAGAGGAUGCUUGUUUAUGAAUAUGUUCCUAAUAACACCUUGGAAUUCCACUUGCAUGGAAAAGGCCAACCAGUAAUGGAUUGGCCAACCCGACUCAAGAUUGCAGUGGGGUCAGCCAAAGGAUUGAGUUAUUUACAUGAAGAUUGCCAUCCUCGAAUUAUCCAUCGAGACAUCAAAUCUGCAAACAUUUUACUUGACAACCAGUUUGAAGCAAUGGUUGCAGAUUUUGGAUUGGCGAAACUCUCAUCUGAUAAUAACACUCACGUCUCAACUCGUGUCAUGGGAACUUUUGGGUACUUGGCUCCAGAGUACGCAUCUAGUGGAAAGCUAACAGAUAAAUCAGAUGUUUUCUCAUUUGGAGUCAUGCUUUUAGAACUUAUAACUGGACGUCGACCUUUGGAUCUUACGAAUAACGUCAUGGAGGAUAGCUUAGUAGACUGGGCUAGACCACUCAUUGCAAAAGCUAUUGAAGACGGUAACUACGAUGAAUUGGUAGAUCCGCGAUUAGAGGGAAACUACAAUUCUCACGAGAUGGGUCGUAUGGUUGCGUGCGCUGGGGCAUGUAUCCGCCAUUCUGCUAAAAGGCGUCCCAAAAUGAGCCAGAUUGUGAGGGCAUGGGAUGGUGAUUUUUCUCUAGAUGACUUGAAUGAUGGUGUGGAGGGGGUAACAUUGGGGACAACGAGAUCGAACGAAACAGGUUUGUAUGACACACGGGCGUACAAUGCAGACAUGUUGAAGUUCAAAGAAAUGGUAAUGUCAAACCAGGAAAGUAGUGAGUUUGGAGGUAAAACUACAAGUCUUGACCACCCAUCCAAUUCUACCUCUAGUUUCGAUGAUUCAAGAGAGAACUCCGGUCCUCGAUAAACUACAUGUAGAUUUUAAAUCAUAAACUAAAUCACACUUACAUGUGUUUAUUAGCUCGAUCAUAUGCAUCCACACACCAAAUACAAUGUUAAUAUUGACUUACCAUCUUGUUUGGAUAUGAACCUCGAAAAGCACAUUUCCUAAAUUAGUAUGUGUACACAUAAACUCUACUCCUUUGUAAAUGAAAAUCUUAUCAGACAUUAGUUCG